AUGGACUUAUUGUUGACAAUAACAAACGAGCACGUACCGCAGGUCGCAAUAUCGGAUAAUAAUAAUAAACCUUGGAUUGAUAAAGAGGUCAUUCAGAUGAUGCAUAAAAAAGAUCGAAUGCGUAAAAUAGCGAAGAGAACGGGUGAUCAUACGGACAUUGAGAAUUUUGAAGAAAUUAGAAGAAAUGCUGGAAAGCUUAUUGAAGUAAAAUAUAAGGAUUAUUUGAACGAACUCAAAUCAGAUUUAACUGAACAUCCGAAACGUUUUUGGACAUUUAUUAAAGCAAAAACUAGAGCAUAUAGCACUCCUCAAUUUCUGAAAUACGGAAAUGUAUUCGCCACAGACGGCAAGGAUAAAGCUAAUCUCCUGAACAGUUUUUUUCACUCUGUGUUCAUUUCAGGGGUUUCCCCAGAAUCUAGUGAUGAAUACCGCAGUGAGGAAAAUUGUGAAAUUGUAGACAACAGUCUAAGUCAAAUUGUUUUAAACGAGAGUGAAGUGCUAGAUUGUUUAUUAAACCUAGACCAGACGAAAACGGGUGGACCUGAUGAUAUCUCUGCAAGGCUUCUUAAGACGGUUGCAAACGAAAUAACUCCGUCGCUAACACUCCUUUUUAGCCUUUCUCUAAGAUUAGGAGAAGUUCCAUCCAUAUGGAAACAGGCGAACGUCACUCCGGUUCCGAAAGUUGGCGACGUGCAUUGCGUUGAAAACUAUAGGCCGAUUUCUCUGCUAUGCAUAGUCUCGAAAGUGUUGGGAAAAUGCAUCUACAACCGGUGUUAUGACUCUAUUUCCGGAAUUGCACACCAUUUACAACAUGGCUUCUUACGAGGCAGAAAUUGCACAACACAGUUAAUCCAAGUGUAUCACAAGAUUCUUAAAGCACUGGACAAUAAACACUCUGUUGAUGUAAUUUAUCUUGAUUUCCAAAAAGCGUUUGACAAGGUAUCUCACCAUUUAUUGCUCCGUAAAUUAAGCAAACACGGUUUCUUUGGUUCUAUUAUCAACUGGUUUAAAAGUUACUUAUCAGGAAGGAUCCAACGAGUUGCGCUUGACGGUCAUUAUUCUGAAUGGCUCGAUGUGACUUCUGGAGUUCCACAGGGAUCUAUUCUCGAUCCACUGCUUUUUAUAUUGUACAUUAAUGACCUUCCGGAUCAAAUUCAGCAACCAACAGAAAUGUCAUUAUAUGCUGACGACUCAAAAUUAUAUAGAACAAUAAAAUUGGAUGCGGAUACUGAAAAUUUACAGUUAGAUUUAAAUGAAAUGAACUCUUGGACAGAAACAUGGCGUAUAAAAUUUAAUACAAAUAAAUGUAAAGUUAUGAGGUUGUCACGAAAAAAAUCCAGUCGCACGUGA